AGACAAAGGAUGAUAGUCACUAGCCUAGAGAUGCCAGUGACGAGUGCAGAAGUAGAAUUGUUUAGCUUGGGACACUAAUGACAAACCUAGAGAUACUGGUAGAUAACCUAGAAAUACUAUUGACUAGUUUAGGGAUGUUCGUAAAGAUUUUAGUGACUAGGACAGAGAUGCUAGUCCCUAUGCUAGAAAUGCAACUGACCACUCUACUAAUGCUAACGCUAAUGACUACCAAUGGGAAUGCUAGUGACUAUCCUAGAUGUGAGUUACUAUCUUCUAGAUGAUUUGGUAUCUUUUCUGUCCUAAACAUCUGUCUCUUCUGUAGUUUUGAGAAGAUGAUCAGCGGUAUGUAUCUGGGGGAAAUAGUCCGGCUGCUGCUGGUGAAGAUGGCGGAAGACAAACUGCUGUUUAAAGGAGAAACAUCAGAGGCGCUGCUGACUCCGGGACAGUUUGAGACAAAAUACAUCUCUGAGAUCGAGGAGCCAGACAGCGGUCUAGAAAACGCCCAGAAGAUUCUGACGGCGUUGGGUCUGAACUGGGAUCCGGUGGAUGCCUGUGUGGUGCGUCUGGUCUGCGACACCAUCUCCUCACGCUCUGCAUGUCUCUGUGCUGCUGCCUUGGCAACCAUCUCCAACCGUAUCCGUGUCAACCGUGGGCUGGACCAUCUGAAGACCACCGUAGGGGUGGAUGGGACGGUCUACAGAAAGCACCCCAAUUUCAGUGAGGAGCUCCAGGCAGCGGUGCGCCUCCUUGCCCCUGAGUGUGACAUCACCUUCCUCGUCUCCGAGGACGGCAGUGGGAAGGGCGCUGCCAUGGUAACAGCGGUAGCGCAGCGGAUAGCUCUCCAGUCCUGACUGUUGGAGGAUUUAGCAUCAAACACAA